CGAAUGUCGGGAAAUAGUCGCCCAUUUAUUACGAAGCGAUCUGUACUGUAUUAAUAUAUUUUUUUAUUUACUUCAAUAAUAUUCAAACUUAUUACUACCGAGAUUUUGCAUCGAACAAGUGUAAUUUAUAUAAAAUAUUUUACGUAAUUUACGAUGCGAUAUGUAGUGGAUAUUAAGACAAUAGUGUAACCGGUCACAUUUUCGUAUAUAACCUCGAUAUUAAUAAUAAAAGUUAUUUUAUUUAUACUUAUUGUUUCUUAAAGAUGUUUAUUAAAGCACGAAAAUGUUUAUUAACUUAUCCUGUUACUGUCAUCAAAAAUCCUAUUCGAAAAUAUGCCCUUCCAUCAGUUACUAAGUCAAGUAAUACAGAAGUAACUUAUCCACCUAUAUUGGAUGUAUCUCUACAAGCGAGAUUUAGAAGGAAGAAAGAAGAAUGGCAUAAUAAAAUUAAGAAAUUGGAAUCUGUAGAGGAAAAGUUAAUUGGAAUUAAUAUGCCACAUUACUAUGGUUGGAAGUCGUUAGAAUUGAAUGAAACGGUAAUUCCAUAUAACUGUUUGGAUCACGCCCAGUAUAUUACAAGAACUCAUGUUGUAAAUGAACAUAAAUUACCUACUUUCUAUGAUAACUUAACUACAUCAGAACAAUUGGAUAUUAUGGCACAAAAUCUUAAGAAACCUAUGGAGGAUGUCCUUAGUUUUGAAUAUUGCGAUAGAAUAAGAGAACUAGAAACUAAGGAUAUGGUUAUUCGAACACCUGAGAAAAUAAAUCCACAUGAUAUUAUUAUAAAUAAUAUUAGUUAUCAAAUCAAUAGAAUAAUACUAUCGACUCUAUCAUCUACAUUACCACAUUUACUGGAAGCUGAGAAAGAUUUUGAACCAAGAGUGGAAGCAUUUUGGUUUGUAGGUGGUAUAGAUCCACCAACCAUAACAAGAAAAGCAAGAGCAAAUCAAGAAUGGACUAAAGAGUUUGAAAAUGCACCUAUUGAUAUACCUGUACAAUACAAUGGUUCGCCAAUUCUACAAUUAAGGCAUCCAUUUCCAUUGAAAGAAAUUGUUUCUUUAAGCGAUUGUGAAAAUUCAGAAUUAAAUGUUCCUGAAUUUAAAUUUGAUCCCAGAGUAUUAGGGUAUCGUUUCUCAUAUAAACAUGCUACCAAUAUACCUGGUUUUUGGCCUGGCGAUCCAGCUGAGUUUGGUUUAUUAUCUUAUCAUAACUUUAAUCAUAUGUCACUCAGGCCAAAAACUUUCGAUGAUCAAUUCGAUGCUCUCAUUGUGCAAGCUAUCUUUGCAUCUUACGGUUGGCUUUUAUCACAGGCUUGUUAUCAAGGUUUUUCUACAGUUAAUGAUAUAACAUACCCAUUCGUUUCGCAAACAAUCUUAACAGAUGGCCAGUGGUGGUCUUUCUGUGUUUAUCAAUUGAAUACCACAUUGUUACAUUCAGAAAAUGCCGUUGAAAAUCCUUCGCGUAAUAUGUGUUGGAUAACAAAACCAGCAAAGCUGUUUGAUUCUGUAGAAAACGGGAAAGUUCAUGGCUUGAACGAAGAUGUUCUAAAAAAUUUGAUAAAGUUUUAUAUCAAUACACCGGAAGAAAGGACGUCUGUGAAUAUGAAACCAUUUCUAGGGGAAUCUAUAAAAUAUCUUGCUGAUAUUCCAGAUCCACUUAGGAGGGCAUGGUUGGAAAAGACGUUUAAACAUAUUAUGGCUAACAGACCAAGACACAAGAAAGUGACCGAAAUAGCUCAUUGGCAGAAGAUUUAUUUGGUCGAUCACAAGACUCGACCUCUAGAUAAAAAACAUGAUAAAUGGCAGUUUGGUUAUCAACCAAAAAAGCGAAGAAUGGACGACCACCUGCCAGAGUAUAUACCAAGAUGUUUGAGAGCAAAUCCAAAGAAACGCCACAUAGGUCGUUAUGCAAAGACUUAUUAUCCAGAUGCAUGAAAUGUUUAGUUGAUGUAAAUAAAAAAUCGUAAAAUAUAAUUCGAUCUGUUUCAUUUUACCCGAAUAUCGAAUAUCCGAUGGUUGUCGAUGUCGUCAACAUAAAAAAUAAGAUAUGUUGAAAUUAAACUGAUUGUAUGAAUUUGUAGUAUAUUAUUUAUGGUGGUUAUACAGAAACGAAUAUUUAUUUUAAUUGUACGCUCGAUAUCUAACGUUGUUUAUUCACAAACGACAUUUUCACCGAGCUAAAUAAGAUAUGGUAAUGGCGGAGAAAAUGAACACACCAGCAGCUUUCUAUCGGUAGAAUAUGUGAUACAAUAUAUUGAAAAUAACAUGCAUAAUCUCUAUUUUCAGGCAAUCUAUUCAAUAUUGUACAUAUAUAAGACGCAUCAAGGACUGUUUUAGCACCACUAAAGUAAAGAGAAGACCAUAGGUCAAAAAAAUAAAUUGUGAUUUAAUAUUAUUACGAAAUAGCUGCGCGAUAUUUGUCUUAUAGGCAGUCGUGUUACCUUGGUCACUAAUCGUAAUGUAGACAAAUGACUUUAAGCAACUGAUGUAUGCACAUGAUUCAUUGUAUUCUAGUUUUACAUAUGUAUGAAUUUUCAACUUCUUAGAAUUGAUAAUUUUGUGACGUUUACGGCUAUCUUUGUACUGCUUUAUAUUUUUUAAUUGAUCCUACAUAUUAGAAUUUAUCUUAUUUAAGUGUACUUCUAUUCAGAUAAUACAAAUUUAACAAACAAG